AUGCAGCCUCUCAAGGAGGCGGACCCUGAGUUGUACGCCCUUCUAGCGAAAGAAAAAGAGCGGCAAGUUGACUGUAUUGAGCUUAUUGCCUCAGAAAAUUUCGUAAGCACAGCAGUGCAGGAAUGUCUAGGGAGCUGUCUGACGAACAAAUACUCCGAGGGCUCCGUGGGAGCCCGCUACUAUGGUGGCAUGGAGUUUGUUGAUCAGAUCGAGGCUCUUUGCAUCCAACGGGCCAAGGAGGCGUUCGGCUUAGACCCGGAAGAAUGGCACGUCAAUGUGCAGCCUCAUUCCGGAAGCCCUGCAAAUUUCGCCGUCCUCAUGGCUCUACUGCAGCCCCACGACCGGUUCAUGGGCCUCGGACUGAAUGACGGCGGCCACUUGACACAUGGAGCGUACACCCCAUCUCGACGCAUAAGCGCCACGUCACUUUUCUACGAGUCAUUGCCGUACGGCUUGGACCCCAAAACGGGGCUCAUAGACUACGACGACCUGGAGAAGGUAGCCACUGUGUUUAGGCCAAAAAUGAUAAUUUGUGGGCACUCAGCUUAUCCUCGGCUGCUGGACUACAAAAGGUUUAGAGAAAUUGCAGACAAAGUAGGGGCCAUCCUUUGGUGCGACAUGGCUCACUUUAGCGGCUUCGUCGCCGCUGGAAUAUUUGAGUCGCCUUUUAAGUACUGCGAUGUAGUGACAACGACAACUCACAAGACGCUCAGAUGUCAGAUGCUCUUGCUGCGUCUGUUUGUAGGGGCCCUCGUAACCUGCACGCCUGAAUGGCGUGCAUUUUCGCGCUGUGUAUUAGAGAACUGCAAGGUCCUAGCGCGGGAGCUACAAAAUCAUGGUUUGCAGCUCGUCACUGGUGGGACAGACAACCACUUGCUGCUCCUUGAUUUGAAGCCUCAGGGCCUGACAGGCGCGAAGCUUCAGUUGAUUUGUGAUAUGGCAAACAUCACGUUGAAUAAGAAUUCCAUCGCUGGGGACUCAUCAGGAAUUCCAACGGGUGUGCGCAUUGGGACUCCCGCUAUGACGACUCGCGGCUUCGGCGCUGAGGAGUUUAAGCUGGUUGCAGAUUUUAUCAGGGAAGCAGUUGACAUUUGCUGUGAGAUUCAAGAGAAGUCGGGGAAGAAACUCGCAGAGUUCCGAAAGCAUGUCAGCCCUUCUCACCCUCGCAUUUCAAAUCUGCGAGAUCGGGUAAAGGCCCUCGCUCGUAGCUUUCCCAUGCCCGGUCGUCCUGACAUAUGA